CUUCUUCCUUGCCCCGAUACUGCCUAACAUCUUUUCUCUCUACGUGAUUGCAACACCUCUAUUGUUUCCAUACGGAAUUUCGAAGACGAGGAGUGGAAAAAAAGGGGGGAGGGGGAAAUAAUAAUGGAUUCUUUCCCAUCGACGUUCUCGGAUCAAAAUAUACGCUCGAAUGAGUCACUGCCGCUGAAUAUCCGUGGGGAAGACGAGGUUGAGUGGAGGUAUUUGAGUGAGUUGAUUGAAGCACAAGCAUGGAUCUUGUACCCGUUAAAACCCGUUUCUUGUAUUGUGGGUAGACAUCCACCGCCUAGGAAAUCUCAUUCUACUUCCAUUUCCAUAUCUACUUCUAUCUCGGCUUCUACCUCCGCCCCGCCUUCAUCCCAGCACAAACACACCCACAACAAACAACAACAGCAACAACAACAGGCAUACAACCCCUCAAACGCCUUCUGCGCUUCCCUCUAUACCAUUACAAAAGGCGGUCUGUGCACACUGCAGCUUGGGCCUGAAGUCGGUACGUCGAGGAAAGAUGUACUGGGGAAAUUGCUGUAUACAGUGGAGAUGGAGGUGGGCAGGUUGAUGCUGAAUGAUGGGUAUCAUCGUAGUCGGGCGGCGGCUGGGACGGUGAAGGAGAAGGAGAGGGGUGGUGGGGAGGAGGGUGAGUAAGUCAGUGAGAAGGAUUCACGGUACGAUAUGCUUUGUGUUUAGCCGAGGAGGUGAUAGUAUGCAAAACGUCAAGAAGUUUGACAUAUGAAAUACAUUG